AUGGGUGAGCCUUUUAAUCUUGAAAGUGCGUUUAUUGCCCUGGAAGAACUAAUUAAGAGGAUCAUCAACGACCUGGGUCCUGAACACGGAUCGCGAAUCAAUAAAACCCUAGGAAGUUUUAUCACAAGGGAUGAUCAAUUGCAGAAGAACAAAGAAGACAAAGCCGAAGAUGAAAUGGAAACCGAAAGUGAAGAAAGCUCAUCGACACACGCCAACGAUGAGGUGCAAACCAGCCAAGAUGAACCAGCCAGCGAAGAAGAGGAUACUUGUGAUUCUGCUUCUAGUUCGGAAAUUGAUGGUGAAUCUCCCCAGCCAGGGCAGAAGAGGCCUAGGAAAUCCGGAAAAGGAGCAACUGCAGCCAAAAAACUAAUAAUCACGGAUUUCUACAAGCCAUCAACAGCAACAGCUCAGCAUUCUCCGAAUAUGCAGCCAACAUCAGCCAGUCCAAACAAACCGCCAACAGCACAACAGUCACAAGCUGCAACACAGCCACCAACAGCUAAACAACCACCAACAGCAAGUACAACUGCCGCCCAGCCAACGCCUCCAAUCACCACCACCAAGACAACAGGAAUGCCACCAAUCUUCUGUUUUUCCGCUAACAUCGCGGAAAUCAGCAGAUUCUGCAAAAAUAAAAACAUCAAGGUGACAUUUAAAAACCGGAGCACAAAGACAACCAUCAUUUCAACUGGGAACCGCCAAUCUUUUGAGGACAUUAAAAACUUCCUAAAGGCGAGGAAGAUCCAAUUUAAUACCUUUACACCCCGAGAAGAUAGGAAGAACCUACUAAUGCUGAAAGGACUUCACUUCACACUUGCAGCCAUUGAAAUAGAAGAUGAACUUAGGAUCGAGGGUCUCCCAGUCAUCAAAGUCACUGAAUUCAAGUCCAAAAAGGCGCAGGGCAAAGAAUUCAACAACUUCGUCGUAGAACUAAGUAAGAGCUGUGACAUCGCCGAGGUCUACUCAAAGACAUUGAUAAUGAACCACCGGGUUCAUUGGGAGCGUCUUAGGACCAACGACAUCGUGCAAUGCCGAAACUGCCAACGUUUUGGUCACGUUGCCACAAACUGCGGCCGCCAAUAUGUUUGCGUUAAGUGCAAAGAAGACCAUGAACCAGGACAAUGUAGAAGGAAGGAAAACACCGGAUCGGAUGUAUGGUGCGCCAACUGUAAGAAGGAAGGACAUCCAGCUAGCUUCAAAGGAUGCCCGACACUGAAAGCUAAGCUUACCGAAAGGAAUAAGGUGCUGGCGCAGAAAAAGUCUCACCAGGAGUUUGCUGCUAAGUCAGCAUGUACCAUUACCCGGCCAGCAGUGAGCUAUGCAGCAAUGGCCCUAAAAGCACAAUCACCAAAGGCAGCAACACCCAAGCCAAUAGCACCAAUGAAGAACCAAACACAACAACUGCAAACCAGGACUCCAGCAAAGAGCAUCCCACCUGGAGAAGAGGACAUCAUUCAACUUGUUCUUGAAGAACAACAGCCCAGACAUCGCCCUCAUCAGCGAGACCAACGUGACACGGAAAAAUAA